AUGACAGUGGAGGUGUUGAGAUCCUUUGAGGUGGUGGUGGUGUUGAGAUCCUUCGAGGUGGUGGUGGUGUUGAGAUCCUUCGAGGUGGUGGAGGUGUUGAGAUCCUUCGAGGUGGUGGAGAGGGAUAACCGCCCGCUCCUGUCUCCCAUACACUUCUCCUCACCCAUCUCCUGUCUCCCCUACACCACACCUCACCCAUCUCCUAUCUCCCCCACUCCACACUCAUCUCCUGUCUCCCCCACUCCUCACCCAUCUCCUCUCUCCCCUACACCUCUCCUCACCCAUCUCCUCUCUCCCCUACACCUCUCCUCACCCAUCUCCUGUCUCCCCCCACACCUCUACACACCCAUCUCCUGUCUCCCUUACACCUCUCCUCACCCAUCUUUUGUCUCCUCACCCAUCUCCUGUCUCCCCUCCACCUCUCCUCACCCAUCUCCUGUAUCCCCUACACUAGUCCUCACCAUCUCCUGUCUCCUCACCCAUCUGCCAUCUCUCCCACUCCUUUUCCAUCUCCUCUCUCCCCUACACCUCUCCACACCCAUCUCCUGUCUCACUUACACCUCUCCUCACCCAUCUCCUGUCUCCCCCCACACCUCUACACAUCCAUAUCCUAUCUCCCCUACACCUCUCCACACCCAUCUCCUGUCUCACUUACACCUCUCCUCACCCAUCUCCUGUCUCCCCUACACCUCUACUCACCCAUCUCCUGUCUCCCCUACACCUCUACUCACCCAUCUCCUGUCUCCCCUACACCUCUCCUCACCCAUCUCCUGUCUCCCCUCCACCUCUCCUCACCCAUCUCCUGUCUCCCUUACACCUCUCCUCACCAUCUCCCGUCUCCUCACUCUUCUGCCAUCUCUCCCACUCCUCACCCAUCUCCUGUCUCCCCCACUCCACACCCAACUAAUGUCUCCCCCACUCCACACCCAUCUCCACUCGGCUCCAAGGCCGCGCUGGAGACCCCGGGCCCCGCCUCUCGCUCCGCAGCCCAUUGUUGGACAUGGCCGCGUGUUAAUUGCUCAGAUAGUUGCUUUCGAUCGGCUGGAGAUGUUUUGGCCCCUGACAAUCACAUCUCAUCAACGGGGCUGCGCUCGCUGGAAAAUCUCAAUCAAUGAGGACAGAAGCAGAGACGGAGACGGAGAGAGGUUCAACAGGCUGAGGAGGGGGGAGGAGGGGGAGGAUGGGGGAGGCGUGUGUUUGUGGAGGAUUUCAAAAUGA